ACCGCGACGGUGGCCGUUUCUCGUGACAGUGCUCGACAGUCAGCAACACCACCACCAUAUACAACCACCGAACGAUUUUCUCUCUGUCCGAAAUCAAAAACCGGUAACGAGCCGCGAUAAAAACAUCCUAGACCGACGGCCGGCCAGUACACAGUAGUAUACCAGUGAUUUUAAGCUAAACGUUUUAAGUAAGAAAAAAAAAGACCGCGCCACACCAUGGUAUGUUCUAUUGAUGAUAUCGCCGACGAACUUCCCGCCGAACAAAUCGCUGUUCUGCGUAAAGCGUUCGACAGCUUCGACAGGGAGAAGAGCGGAAGCAUACCUACCGACAUGGUCGCCGACAUCCUCAGAUUGAUGGGCCAACCCUUCAACAAGAAGACCCUCGACGAGCUGAUCGAGGAAGUCGACGCUGACAAAUCGGGACGCCUCGAGUUCGAAGAGUUCGUCACGCUGGCCGCGAAGUUCAUUGUUGAGGAGGACGCUGAGGCUCUCGAGAAGGAACUUCGGGAAGCCUUCAGGCUCUACGACAAAGAAGGAAACGGCUACAUCCCGACUACGUGUUUGCGUGAAAUCUUGAGAGAACUUGAUGACCAGCUCACAGACGAGGAACUGGACAUCAUGAUCGAGGAGAUCGAUUCCGAUGGAUCCGGCACGGUAGACUUCGAUGAAUUCAUGGAGAUGAUGACCGGAGAAUAAACAGACUCUGACUGGUGGUACAGCACAAUCCAUCUCGAACACGAUAAAUGUGCGACGGUCGCGUUACUUCAAAACUAAUUAUCUGCGUGUUUCUAAAAAAGGAAAACCAAAAAAUAAUGUAAUGCACGAGAACAAUGUCUGAACAAAAAGAAAAAAAACGUACAAAGGUCUCCUCCUAACGUCAUGACGCGUCCUCCGGUUCUUCAGGGACAAGUUCAUCGGAUCUCGAGACUUACACUUUUAUCAAGGAUGACUUCCAGUGGCUAUACCGACGGUCUCGCGCCAAUUCUCCUCCUGUUUAACGAGUGCCGCCUACAUAAUUAACCGUUUCGUACGCAAAUUAUCAUUAAUUAUAAUGUAACGAAAUCACAAGUCUCAUACACUUGCAUCACGCCUGCUAAGUUUUUCAUGGACAGUAUUUAUUGUUGUUAAUAAAAUACCAUUAAAAACAA